AUGAUAUCAGAGGGGUUACCAGAGGUAUCCGUACCAGCUGUUGAUGUAUCCAAAUUUGUAGUAGACCAGCAAAAUAAUGUUGAUACUAAGUCAACGGAGGAUAAGAUAAUAGAUGAUUGUUUGCUUAAGCAAAUACCGAUGUCAGAGUAUAAGCCUGAUAGCAAAACAAAUAAUACAGUACCAGAGGGUUUUUCUUUUCCUCAAUCAGAGAUUUUGCGAGAUAAAAAGAAUACUCGGGUUUCAGAAAAUUCUAAUAACAGUCUAUCAUCUAAACCAUGUAAUGCUUCUUCUAGCUUCGAAUGUGAUGAGAAGAUUCCCGAAUUCUCCUUAGAAGCAAUUUUGAUAGGAUCUAAUAAAGUUACAUCACAAGUAAUAGUUGAUCUAUUUAAUAUAGCAAUGAAAGCCAGACAAAAGGAGAUCUUAUGCUGGUAUUAUUACUAUAAGGCAUAUAAGAAUUGA